CCCCAGACUGCGGCCCGGGGUCUGAACCCUAGGGUGGGGUACCGCUGGGGGCACAGCCCUCCCCUUCCCUCGCGACUCCGAGAAGGUCAGCGCGGGCGGGCGGGGCGCGCUCCCGCAGCCGGGCCUCACUGGCCAUCCAGUCCCCACCUGAAACCCCGCCUGCCACUCCGCCCCAGCGGAGCCAAUCAACGCCCGAUCUGCUCGGGAUGAGGCGGGGCUUAUGCAAAUCGUGUCCCCUCCGAGAGACAGAGUGAUACAAGAGCUGGGAGGCGGCUCCGGUGCGGACCUCGGAGAGCCUGGCCGCCAGCCCGCGAGCCAGUCUCGGUCCCCGCAGCCCGCCGAGGCUCAGAGCCAUCCAGCGACCCGGCGAGCGGCCUCAGGCCCUGCCAUGGGGAAGACCAACAGCAAGCUGGCCCCGGAGGUGCUGGAGGACCUGGUUCAGAACACUGAGUUCAGCGAGCAGGAGCUGAAGCAGUGGUACAAGGGUUUCCUGAAGGACUGCCCCAGCGGCAUCCUCAACCUGGAGGAAUUCCAGCAGCUCUACAUCAAGUUCUUUCCCUACGGCGAUGCCUCCAAGUUUGCGCAGCACGCUUUCCGCACCUUCGACAAGAACGGCGACGGCACCAUCGACUUCCGGGAGUUCAUCUGUGCCCUUUCGGUCACCUCCCGCGGCAGCUUCGAGCAGAAACUCAACUGGGCCUUUGAGAUGUACGACCUGGACGGCGAUGGGCGCAUCACGCGCCUGGAGAUGCUGGAGAUCAUCGAGGCUAUCUACAAGAUGGUGGGCACUGUGAUCAUGAUGCGCAUGAACCAGGAUGGGCUCACGCCCCAGCAGCGUGUGGACAAGAUCUUCAAGAAGAUGGACCAGGAUAAGGACGACCAGAUUACGCUGGAGGAGUUCAAGGAGGCGGCCAAGAGUGACCCAUCCAUUGUGCUGCUGCUGCAGUGUGACAUGCAGAAGUAGAGGCUGGUGAGGGCCAGGGCCCCUGGCCAGGAGGGGCGUGGCCACCUCCCAACCUGAUGACCUCUCAGGGGGAGGGGUACUCUAGCCUCACUUUCUGGCCCACCCACCCUUCUGCCCAAGCCCUUGCUCCCCUCAGUCGAGAUCCUUGAGGGACCACCUCACCCUGGAAAAGAGACAGAUCCUCAGGUAUUCUGUGGUCUAGCCCCACCCCCAGUCUUGGCCCAGAACCAACAUCCACUGGGCAUAGAGAGUUGGCUUUUGCCCGAAGAGGCAGGAUUGAGGAAGGGGGGCUGCAGGUCUGCUCUGAAAUUCUGUCCUUCCUGGGAUUACACUUUACAGGAUAUGGUCUCACAGAUCCCAGUUAAAGGGCCAAAGUGGGUCUGUCCUUUGCUGAGGACUUAAAUUCCUUAAAGGUGGUCUCUGCCCUGCCUCCUCGACUCUACCUGGCCCCUCUGGCCCCAGCCUGUGGAGCAUUCAUUCAGUCCUUUCUUCACCUAAUGUUUAUUGAGCACCUGUUCAAUGCCAGGCACCUCUGGGUGCUAAGGUCAUGGUAGUUUACAAGACACAUUCUGUGCCCUCUGGAAGCUCAUACGGGAAGUGAGGCAAACUUCCAGUGGUCAGAGUCUCAGAUGGGAACGUGGCACACAACUGAGCAGAGGGUGUGCUAAGGCCAGUUAGUUUGAAAGGAACCAUUAAAUCUUUCAGCUCACCUCCACCCAGAGCUGCAGAGGGAUUAAAUGAAAAGUAUUUGGAAGUCUAGGAACCAUUGUGAGUGGAAGGUUUAAGAAACACUGAUAUUUAUGUAAUACUUAUUUUUUUAGUACCCUUUAAAAGAGCUAAAGUCAUUUUAUUAGUUUAGGAUAUUAAAACAUACUUUCUAUUACUUGGUUUCUUGUAAAAUGAUUAAAUGAAUAUAGAAAAUGCUAAUUUU